AUGGAGCAGCAGGAAAACCUCAGGAUACCCCCUUUGGCGCUGCCUGCCGCACAGCACCCAGCAGCAGGCGGCCCCGAUGACAGCAGCGAGAUGCACACAGCUUCCCCACCACCGCAGCCCUCGCCUCUCCUCGUGCCUGGCAAGGCCUAUCCCUCGCUCCAUAACAACCUCUACAUCCCGCACCACGCAAGCAUACCGGAUCCGUUGCUCUUCUCGCCAUCCGAGGACAGGAGCUCCGACGUCGAGAAACGCGGCCGUCGACACCACAGACACCACAAAUCACGGCAUGAGCGCGACGAGAGACACACGAGGAGCUCGAGCUUUCCCAUAGAGCAGGUUGCGGAGAUGCCCUUCCAGCUGGGCAAGAAGAAAGCUCGCGCGGCGGUGGCCGAGGCGGAGGAGAAGGCAAAGGCGCGGGAGAAACAGGAGCUUGACGAUAAGACUCGCCAGGCCAAAGAGGCCAAGGAGACCAGGGAGGAGCUGGCGAGCCGUUUCCCGUUCACCAGGACGAGGGAGGUGGUCACUCAGGUUCGUCUUGAUGACCUACAUAUGAAGAGACUCAGGGCUGAGGCUGCGAAUAGGGAUGCUUUUAACGAAAUUAACGAGCACUCGGGUUCAUUCUCCAAACGCCUCGAGGAUACGUGCAACAACCUACUCACCGACGCCGGUAUAAUCCGCGGUACUAUCUCUAAUCUCCAACGGCUCAGUAACACCGCUAUGUCGCAACAUAAAGAGUUCCAAUACCGUACCGUCGGAAUGGUGCGCAAUGCCGAAAGACAGGUACAGAAAUUUGAUAGAUUCCAGCGCCAGUUGAAGAGCAUUGCAUUGCUCGAGGAUCGUUUGAAGGCUACUCAGGAGAAAGCUAAGAAACUCGACAAAAGACUCGAAGUUACGCGGGACAGAAUUUACGCCUGGGACCGUGAAGAAGACGAGUGGCAGGAGAAGAUCAAUAGGCGCUUGAGGAUGAUGGGUGCUGCCAUUGUUUUCUUGCUUGUUGCUUGGGUAGGAACGAAAGUCAUGAGUAGAGUGUAUCCUGACUACUCUAUCUUCGGCUCUAAGGCUAACAUUACCCUGCAUGGAGAGUCCCCGGAAUGCUGCGUGGCGGCGUUUGACCAUGCAAAGCAAGCUACCACGACGGGUACUGCAAUUGACACUGCAACUGGCACUCCAACCGGCACCCCAACUACUGGACGUGCGAGACCUGCCUUCAAAACUCCUAUCGAACUGGACGCCUUGGAGGAGCCAUUGCAGCGGAUAAUCGACGAGCUGUGA